AGGCCGGUACGUGCGCGCAUAUGUCACUUCAAGGAUAUUACGCGCUCGUCACGGACUGUCAGCUGUCAGCUGUGCGCGUACCAGGGAGUUAGAGGCGAUGGGGCGGGGAGUAGAUAGUAAGCUUGGAGGGAAAAUGUUGCGUGAUAUCAUCAGUGCCUUUGGCCGGCGUCAGGUUUCUUUAAUAUUUUUCAGGUACAAGUACAUGGUUCUAAUUUUGAGUUGUGUACUUUUUCUCUGGGCUUGUUUAGGAGACUCUACUAGUUCUGUUAAAUCAGUACAUCCAGUACAUCAGGCUUUAGAAGAGUUAGAACCUGAAUACCCAGACUUCGAAGAAAAAACAGAGAAGGAGAUUAAUAAUAGAAAUAUUAAAGAAACUGUUCACAAAACUGUUCACAAAACUGUUCAUCGGAAAAAGAAGGACCCGAGUUUACUCCGAGAAAAAAUAUUAAGUUCAAAAGUAGAAGAUGAAGAACGAAGUAAAUUAUUAGUUAUUCCGUCAGAUUCAGAAUCCAAGAUUCAUAAUCAAGAUUUAGAUAAACAAUACCAGAAACCAGUCAGUCCAAGAAGACGUGAAAAUACUUUAAACGGUGUUAUGAUGAGAAAUCAAGAUCCAGUUGACGUAGAGUGGGUUGUGGUCGGUGGAGCUGAUAUAUACAAGGCUCAGGAUGUUGGAGGAAGAGGAGGAUAUGACGAAUUCCUUCAGGAUUUUGCUAAACAGGUCGAGGGAGCUGGGGAGGGAGGAGAACCAGUUCAUCUGUCUGGAGUAGAGAAACAGCAGGGGGAGGAAAUAUUGAAAAAAGAAGCUUUUAAUCUAGUCGCAAGUGAUAAGAUAAUAUACACAAGAUCUGUCCCAGAUACAAGAGACAGGCGUUGUCAGGCAGUACAUUACGAUGCUAAUUUACCCACAGCCUCCAUAGUGAUAAUAUUUACCAAUGAAGCCUGGUCCCCACUCAUCAGAACCAUCUACAGUGUGCUCAACAGGUCUCCUGCCGAGUUUAUUCAUGAAAUUAUUCUCGUCGACGAUUUCAGCGACAAGAAACAUUUAGGAUCUAAGCUGGAGAGAUUUAUACGAAAAUAUUUCCCUUCUAAAGUUAAACUUCUCAGGUUGAAAGAGAGACAGGGUCUGAUCAGAGCACGGUUGACCGGUGCAAGAGCAGCCACAGGUGAUGUUCUCAUAUUUCUGGAUUCUCACUGUGAGUGUAAUACUGGCUGGCUGGAGCCGUUACUUCAGAGAAUAAAGGAGGAGCCUAUGGCCUUUGUUGUUCCAAUUAUAGACGUUAUAGAUGAUAAAACUAUGGAAUACUAUCAUGGGAACGGAAACUAUUUCCAGGUUGGAGGGUUCACCUGGGGAGGACACUUUACCUGGAUUGAUAUAUCUCCUGAAGAACUAGCGAGAAGAGGAAGUCCAAUAGCUCCUACUAGAUCCCCGACAAUGGCUGGAGGCCUGUUUGCUGUAUCUCGGAAAACCUUCUGGGACCUGGGCUCCUAUGAUGAAGAGAUGGAUGUGUGGGGAGGAGAGAACCUGGAGAUGUCAUUCAGGGUUUGGCAGUGUGGUGGUGUACUAGAGACAAUUCCUUGCAGUAGAGUUGGUCAUAUUUUUAGAUCGUUCCAUCCCUACUCAUUCCCUGGAAACAAAGAUACCCAUGGUAUCAACACUGCUAGGACUGUUGAGGUUUGGAUGGAUGAAUAUAAAAAACUGUUCUAUAUGCACAGGCCUGAUCUUCUCAGCACAGACAUAGGAAGUGUAAAGAACCGUAAUAAGUUCCGUGAAGAUAAACAGUGUAAACCAUUCUCUUGGUUUCUCAAGAAUAUCUAUCAUCAGAAAUUCAUUCUGGACGAUCCAGAACAUGUGUAUGCUUAUGGACGGCUCCGUAACCCUAACACUGAUACUUGUUUGGAUAAUUUACAGAAUGAUGAUAAGGACAGGUAGAGAUAUAUAUAUAUUACGUGUACUGAAGGGCCCGUGGUCGACAGUCAUAAGCAUUUCUCCCACUUAUAAAUUUACACUCAGCUCUUCACUGAGUAUGUCCAUUAGAAUUUAAAUGGGAGGAGCUCACGCCUAUUCUGCUAAGAGGAUAAGGGUUGACUGUGAUUAUUAUUAUUAUUAUGUUUAUUUGAAUCAGAAAUAAAUACAGCCUUAUUUUUAAA